CAGCAAUCCGAUUGCGUCGAAUACAGCUCCAGUUGCGCAAGGGGUCGUGAAGUUUGAAUUUUUUGAACAAAAUCAGAACGGCCUUGUUCAUCGAUGUUUGCGUUUGUUUGGCCGAAGACUUGACAUGCUUCUGCUUCAGUUAAUGCCUAUAUUCUAGGAGGCUGAUUGUGUCUGAAACAUAGAAAAUAUCUGUUUGAGUUUAGAUGGGAACCCAAUUUACCAGAUGGAUAAUGAAACAGCCCCAUCAACAUUUCUUGGCUGUCCGGUUGAAAACAACCUCAUCCCAGUAUGUAGCAUCAAGAGCCAGAGAUCCCACGUUUGAGAAACUAAUGGAUAAGUACAAGAACCUUCUCAAAGUCAUUGCUGUCCAAGAUCUCAUCCUAGCAAACCCCAUCAACCCUGCAUUAUCCCUUGAUUUUCUCUCCAGGCUCUCUCAAAAGCUCCAUCUCAACCGUGGUGCAGUCUCCUUCCUCCGCAAAUACCCUCACAUUUUCCACAUUUACCAUGAUCCCAUGAAGUCCCAGACCUUCUGCAGAUUAACUGACGCUGCUAUUCAAAUUUCUAAAGAAGAAGCAGAGGUCAUCAAUGCCUCGUUGCCGCUUGUUGUUGAUCGAUUGGUUCGACUUCUAUCAAUGUCUCGUUCCAGGAUGUUGCCACUCCGUGCCGUUUUGAAAGUUGGCAGGGAACUUGGGCUUCCUGAUGAUUUUGAGGAUUCUGUAAUAUCCAGAAACUCCCAUCUUUUUCAACUUUGUGAUGCUCAUGAGCCCAAUACUCACAACUUGAAACUGUUUGAUGUAAUUCCUGACAAGUUUACUGCAGCGGUUGAGAACUGGAGGGUAGAGGAAUAUUGCAAGGAGGGUUGCAAUGUUGAUAGGGCUGAAAUUCAGUUUAGUUUUAAACAUGGGUAUCCUCCAGGGAUGAGGUUAAGAAAGAAUUUUAGGGCCAAGGUUAAGGAAUGGCAGAGGUUGCCAUAUGUGGGACCAUAUGAUGAGGUGUCUGAGAAGAAGAGGUCAUCAAAGGCAGGAAUGAUGGCUGUGGAGAAACGGGCAGUUGCAACUGUUCAUGAAUUCUUGAAUUUGACAGUAGAGAAGAUGGUUGAAGUGGAAAAAAUCAGCCAUUUCAGGAAAUGGUUUGGCUUUGAUUUGAAUAUAAGGGAUUUGUUCUUGGAUCACCCCGGGAUAUUUUAUUUGUCGACCAAGGGAAAGAGACACACUGUUUUUCUGAGAGAAGCUUAUGAGAGGGGGUGUUUGAUUCACCCAAAUCCGGUUUAUCAUGCAAGGAGAAAGCUUCUGGAUCUUGUAGUUUUGGGACGUCAUGGCUUGUUAACUGAUGAGCUGAGGUCCAUUGCUAGUAACAAGGAGGCUGAGUCACUGGGACAGUACGAUGGAGAAACCUGUAUCUCUGAUUAAUUAGUACAUUUUUCCCUUCCUGUGAACCUGAUAAAGUUUAA